GGGACUGGGCGCCAGUUUGGGAUUCGAUAUCAUACGGAAAGCCGCUUUGUGGGGUGUUUACGCGGAAAGGAAUUGCCGCAAGGAGAUGCUACUCCUUUCCAGGUCCUACAGGCUCCCUUGCGGAUUUCAGGGGGAAGAAGGGGCAGAGAGCUUCACCAGAGAAGCUGCUGGCUCCUGAACUGUCUUGUUUUCUUUGUGCGACUUUCCGGGAGAUGAAGGCGCCAGAAGAUUCGUUCGCGUAUGCGGCGGAGAACGGUCUGAUCGAGUGGGCAGAUACUAAGGAGACAAGGUUCUCAAGUACAGCCAGUUCAAGCGAUAUGGUCAGCGAGGAUAGAUACAAUGAUUCUGGUGAUGAUCGGACGAAAGUCGAAAGGAGACAUUCAAAGGAAGGGAAGAAGCCCACCUGGGGUCUCAACAAACAGCACGAGCGGAACAGUGUGAAGGCGUUGAAAUGGCAAGCAGAGACAGAACCGAGAAAUGCGAGCCGACAGACUGACGACGAAGGCACAGAGCAUGGACUCGAGCACAAGGUACCCAUCGACUUGCACGCCUCCCCUGAGAAACACGAGGGGCGGCAGGAGCAGAUGAACCAGAGAAUGCGUGGUUUCCAUGGGUCGGCCGCCACGGGAUAUUCUACAGCCGCAAGCAGUGGAACAGAAUAUGGUGCCGCCGAGAAAGGACAGUCCGAUGUGACGACGGAGAGUGAGACGAAAGCACUGGCAUUGUCCAGGGAAGAAGAUAACGAUAUGUCGGAUGCUGCGAUGCCAGCGAACCAUGAUAUAAUAGACACAAGUGGGGCACGUGAGACGGCCGGAAGCGAGAAUACUCAAACCACUGUGACGUCUCCAUCGAGCAUAAGAGAUAAUGAGAGCUACAGCGCUUUUUUACGGGAGUUCAUGAGGCUUCACAAACAAGCCAAAGAGACACUAAAUCGGAGAAGGGACAGCGUUGCGGCUACAGAUCCAUCUCCUGAAGAAGUGUCAGCAUCUGGUGAGACGGCGGGUCUGCCCACAGACUCUUCUGCCUCGUCUACAGAGGCAGUGUAUGGCACUGGUGAUGAAGAUCCGCAAGACGGCGUUGUUGGUCCACCACAAAUUCUCAGCGGUGUUGACACGAAGACUGAAAAUCCAGCAACUUCUGCUUCCAGACUGGCACUGGAACUGCCCCAAGCAAUGCCUUCCUCAGCAGAUCCACCCGUGGAAUUGCAUAAUUCCGCCGACGUAACGGUACUGUCCCGGAUCGAUGUUUCCACAGCGAACGUGGCCCUACUGCCUGCAGCACCUGCGUCUACUCCAAAACCCAAUGGGCGCACCAAACAAGUGCCAGCCAACUCCAAUGUCAAAAUACUUCAUGUCGUUACUUGGUGCGCUGGCACUGCGAUAUUCGUAGUGGGAGCGGCACUUAUUCUCAUUUAUAUUCGUUGCUGGGUUGUCCCUCAAGAACCGCCAGCAAGUGACGGCGGCUCUGCAACCACUGCCCCUCGAUCGUCAUCGUCACCUUCCCUCCUGGCGUUCAUUGGGUGUCCAGCCGAGUCCUCAUUGUCUGGCCCAGUGCCAUUUCAGACUGGGAGUUGUUGUUCACCGAGUAAAGAUUUAGGUAUCCCCACUGUGAAGACCUCAGAAAGUAACCCUUCCCCGUACGCCAAUGUAGGUUCUCCAGCACCAAAUGGGAGCGAGUCCUGCUCGCACUCACACACGGUGUCGAUAGUAUCUUUCUCUGGGCCGGAGUGCUGCGACGACGGAGAAACGAAUGAAGGUGAACAGGAAAUUGAUACGGCGACGUCAAGCACUUCACGGUCGGCGAAGUUUGAGAGAAUCGGCUGUGACACGUUUGUUUCAGCGAUUGUUCGUGGCGUCCGCGUGGCAGCAGGCGUCUCCCAGGUGAGCCGCUCGACGGAAGAUUCAGUCAGUGGUUCAACAGCAGUGGUGUCAUCGCAGCUGCCAUGUCGUUCAUCAGACAAUUCGCGCCAGUCCCACCGACCCAGUCCAGCGGAGAGACUCGAGCGCCUGCGAGCAAGGAUCGAUGCACUGUGA